AUGAUGGACUUCUGGUGUCUGGCACUCACAUCCAAGUUGUUAAGAUCUGUUGCCAACAAGAUGAUCACACAUAUGUCGACACAAGGUCACCAUCAACAUCAACAUAUACUCAACGAUGAUGAAUGUGGUGAUGAUGAGGUUGAUGAUGACCAUGACCUGCCCUGCAUGAUAUGGAUGGGCAACAAACCAUUCAAACAACUCGAGUUGCCAUCAUCAAUCACAUCACUUCAGUUUCAUGACGACUUUAAUCAACCGAUCAACAAAGGUGAGCUGCCGCCAUCACUACUCGCACUUACAAUCGGCGCGAACUUUAAUCAAACGAUCACACCUGGCUCGCUACCAGACUCAAUCACCUUGUUAUCAUUCAAAUAUGAUCACCCACGCAAUGGAUCAAUGUUCAACAAACGACUUCUUCCUGGCUCGCUGCCUGCGUCACUGACCAAGCUGCGUCUCAGCUCAAUGUUUGGCCAAGUAGUGGAGCCAGGCGUGCUACCGGAGUCACUGACAUCGCUAACUUUUGGAUUUGGAUUUGUUAGUAAGAUUGCGAGCGUGACGCUGCCCCACGCGCUCACCGACCUCCAGUUGAGCAACUGGUACGAAGAGACGCUGCCCUAUAUACCCUUGCUAAAGUCGUUGAAGAUGUCCUUUAAUAAUUCACAAUCAUUGAACAUCCCAGAUGGUUUGGAGACGCUUGUGUUGGAGGGCGGUGCAUCCCAUUCAUUGGAUAGUUUCAAGUCAUGGCCGAGCACAUUGACAAGCCUCAGCUUCUAUCGCCCGCACCCAAACAUGCCUCCCCUGCCACCAUCACUCACCAGUCUGGUCUGCUUCGAAGUGCCAGUCGCCAGCGCGAUGGCCAACGCCACCUCGCUAACAUACCUGAGGGCGCGCCAUCAAUUCACGCCGCUUCAACAAGGUGAUCUUCCCCAAACACUCAAGUCGCUCUCACUAAACAUUCGCAGAGCCAUCAUUGGUACCAUUACAUCCAGUCUCCUACCAUCAUCGCUCACCUCACUAAGGAUAUGGUGUGCGGAUGACCUCGUUGGCGUGGUAACACCUGGUUCGUUGGCAUCACUCACAACCCUGCGCAGUCUGACGCUCGACCUCAACAGUGAGAAGAUCCCGGGCGCACUGCCCCCAUCACUCACAUCGUUGAUCCUGGGCCGGCGACACAUCCACCCGCUCACCAAUGACAUGCUUCCAGACUCCAUCACCAACCUGCAACUGCUCAAUCCAGAAGUCGACUGGCUGCAUCAAAAUCCGCAACUGCGCCUCCCAUCCAAACUGAGACAUCUCACUUGUACGACCACCGAGCCAGACGUACCCGAUCCUCAGGCUGUGGCGGUCGUACCAGAGUGGCCAGGCAUGUGUCUCAACGUACCGAAUGAUAUGUAUCCGUUUAACACAAUUGCAGCUUCCGUGGCAUCUCCUGAAGGUUGGGCCAUCCAAACCAAACGAUUGAGUGUAUCUCUGUUCCAUUGGGAAAGGUGCUUGCUGGUUGCACCCAACAUUCAAACAUUCCGAGUCAAGAUCUCUUUCGCUGGAAACAAGUAUCCAUACUUCAUGCGACGCAUUGACCAAACACAACUUAUCGUUGUAUCUGGAUCAUGUCCAUCGACAAAUGUCCUAAUAAUAACGUUACCAUAA